AUUUUACAUAACGGCACUGGACACAAGGAAGCGAGAGCAACGCGCCUUCUCCUUCAAGCUGUGGCGGUUCGACUCCCUUUCCAUCUCUUCAAUCCUCUCAUUCACUUCCCCACCCAUCGAACGCUGCAUCCAUCCAAUCUCCCUUCCCCUCCCUCUCUCUCUCUCUCAUCCUCGCCUCUCUUUCUCGCUUACAGUCCUCGCUCCUCAGCUCAUGGCUACCGCAUACAAAGGCCGGGAAUCUCUGACUCAAUCAGAAACCGCACGGCUAUCGACGUUCCUUUCAGAGUGUCUUCUUGUAGGCACACUUAAGGGUUUUUACUAUUUUGAGGUGUAUCUACGAGGACGGGAGGAGCUACUUCUUCAUGUAUAUAACGACAUUAAACCGCCGUCGGAUGGUCCCAGCAGCUUCACUCAACCAAAUUCCCUCUCUCUUGCAAAGUCAAGGCCCACCAACAUCCUUUCCACGAGAACGUUACGGUCACUAAAACUGAGCUCUCCGAAACCAACGCCACCUCCACUAAGCCCAAUUGAUACGGAGCUGGAGAAGGACGAGUCGCGCGCCACAUUCUUAAUUGCAGGAUAUCCCCGGUACAAAUGUCCUUACGUCUGGCUUCGGUCAAAUCACAAACGACUUAUUCAGAAUAACAACGACCAGAAGGCGGAGGCGAACGACCCCCUGAAGCUGACCACCAUUUCUGCAUGGCGCACAGAUGAUAUCCGGCUUUGGGAUAUCAUGGCGGAAAUUAUCACGCUGACACUGUCACCAUCGCCUAUCAAUCCGUUCCGGAUUAGUCACGCGUACUUUGAGGCGCUGCCGCUGGAGGAAUGUGUCGUUGCUACGGGUGCCAUGAUGGACUUUUUACAGAGAGUGUACAUGAAAGAUACCCCAUACACCGAUGCAGUAUACGCCGAUAUUAAGCACCUCCAGAAGAUGCAUUUCGCUUUGUAUGACGAGCUGCAUUCUUUUCUGACAGAACGACAAGAGGCAGCAGCGGCCGCUGGAGGCAAUGGUCAGGUCGCGGUAGAGGCCGCGUUGCAUUAGAUUUCUUUAAAGAACGGCUUCUCUUUUUCAGGCUUACAGGAUUACAGGACUGCAGGAUGACAUGAUUGCAGGACAAGGCAGGACACACGGGAUGCCGAUGUCCUGUUUUGAAGUCUGUGAAUCCAUAAACAAGAAGAAAACCAUGUAGCGAGACCACGCUUUUUGCAUCAGAUCAAUCAGGCAAAUACUAAAAAAAUAAAUGAAAAGUCGCAUCUCCC